UGCUACUUCAUGUGGUAAUCUUACAAUACCCAUCAACAAAACUUAAAACAAGUCAUGCUUAAAACUUGAAAAAGAGAGAUAACCAAGGAACAAUGUAGCUAUAAUUCAUAUUUAGACUUCAAGUUGUAAACCAAGUACCAAAACUAGCUCUGUAGCUUAUUCACAUUUUGGAGAGAAAGCUGUGAAAUGAGUUUGACAAAUGUGUUAUUUAGAACCAUGGUACAAAACAUUAAUUAAGAACUCAGAUGGGACAAAGAGAGUUUGGUAAAACGUAUAGAGUUGACCUAUAGGCAUGUAUAGGGGUAUACCCCAUAGUAGACACUUAAUGACCUUGAACCAUUCUGGUAGUAUCAUGGUCACAAAAGCCUACAUAUUCAUGGUCACAAAGGACAAUACUUUAUAGAUAUACAAAGUUAACAAUAAGACAUAAGUACAAUAAUUGGAAGACAUAAGUACAAUAAUUGGAAGACAUAAGUACAAUAAUUAGAAGACAUGAGUACAAUUGGAUAAAUCACUUGAUCAAUAAACAUAACACUAAAAGGUGAAACCACGAUAUGAACAUUUGGGAUAUUACAGUUGAUAAUGAUCCACUAUAAGAUGAGAAUUAGACAAUGGAUAAAUAGCACAAAAGAACAAAAUGGACAAUACUAAAUACAUAGAUAAAAUUAACAUGAACAAUGGUCUUAAGGACAUAAAACUAUCAAGCAGAUUUGAGAAGAUACCAUAGAUAUGGGUAUACAUGUAACCAUUGCUUGUCUGGUUGUGUUGGAACUCAGCAUAUAUAUUUUUGGUGCAGCUCUUCCUGGUGAUGCUAAUCCUGGUACAGCUGUUCCUGGUACAGACAUUCACCCUGUCAACACCCUAGACCAAUGCUAUGGCAAAAACAUUGUUGCAAGAUGUCAAUCCGGUUACAUGGUCAGUGUCAAAAGUGCAUACUAUCGUCAAUCCAAGAAAUGUCCCGGCAGUUUCCAUAGCAACUUCUGUAUGCAGGAAGAAGCUGGGAAUCCUGCAUGUAUCGGCAAUAAGACAUGCACAUUUACUACACCAUGGGUCUAUCUGUCCUCCAGCUGUGGUUAUAGCAACAGCUUUGUCCUGAAAUACCUUUGUAUACCAAAAACUUCACAUAAGGAUGUGUGUGAGACCAAGGUAUUCACAGCUAUGGCAGGGUAUAUCACAAGUCCAAACUACCCCAAGAUGUACCCCACCAAUCAAGAAUGUACAGGUAUGAUCAUGGCACCAGCCAACCAUGGUGUGAGGGUCUACCUGUUAGACAUCUACCUUGCUUACUAUAGCUUUGACAUCGAGCGUGAAUGCAUAGACUUCUUACAGAUUUCAGAUGCAUUCCACAUAAGUGAUAUUAUAUGCGCUGGCCACAAGAGGGGGCUCUUGUUCCAGAGCAACGAUACCAAGGUGACAGUGACAUUCUCAACAACAGAGCAUAGUUUCAGAGGCGUCAAGGGAUUCUGGAUAUAUUAUGAAACUUUUGAUCUUUCCAAUGAAAAACUGAUUGGCUCCAUCCACGAUGCUGAUUUUAUCUACCCUAGUAAUUGGCCGAUUAAAGUCAAUGGUAACCAUGGCAAUACUGUUAGUAGCCAAGGCAACAGGAAUAACACUAACAAUCACCAUGGUAACAAUCAUUAUGGAAAUGAUCACAAUCCUGAUAAUGAUUAUAAUUCUGGUUCUACCAUUGGUAGCAAUGGGGCUUCAAACAAUGGUCACCAUAGCAACAGCCCUAUUAACUCGCAUAGCAACAUAGAUGGUUCCUUUGCCACUGACGUUUCAUCUUCCGAUACAACUCAAUACAAUAAACCAAACACAAAUUCUGGAAUAGCUGGAGAAAAUGAUGGACAUUAUCCUCAUCAACACAACACUGAUCUUACAAAUGACGGAUAUAAUCCACAUCAACAUAAAGUUGAAACAAAUGAUGGAACUAAUCAGUUCAAUUCUGGCACACAUCUAACAAAUGAUGGUAGACAUGUAAAGGAUGGCAAAUCAGGAGGUCACUCUGACUUGAUAGAUCCCAGUCAGAAUGGUGCUGCAGAUUUGGGGACCCUGGAUCCAGACAUGGCCAUCAGGGAGCUACCUACUGUUAAGGAAAACUCAGAAUCCCUGGGUACUGAUUUUGAAGCUGCACCACAAACAGUUGGAUUAGGUACAAUUCUGACUAUAGUGGUUGUGGCGUUAGUUGUUGCUGCUGUGGUGCUCACUACACUUCUUAUAUACAGAAAGAAAAAGCGAACACGUCGCCGACUUUCAAGUGUAUUUGCACCACCAAGUAAAAAGGCUGCUUCAGCAACAAAUGAAGAGGACUUCCAUCAGGUGCCAUACAAUGGAGGAAUCCUGGCCUAUGACUCGAGUGUCAGUGCUGAUAACUAUGGCUUCACAGGUGAAUUCGACCUUGAGAAGAAGGAUCGAAAAGAAAGCGACAGUUCCAGUGGUUACAGCAAGGAUAGCUCACAUAGACAUAGUUUCUAUAGUAACAGUACUGGUCACCAGAGCAACAAUGCUGAUGAUGGACACUAUAGUGAACCUGACAAAGAUCCAUCAAGCGGCAGUAAUGGAGGAUAUGAAAAAUAUGAUAGUUCUCCCCUGAAGAAAAAUAAGAGUCUUACAGAUACUGACAUUGAUAGCUUAUAUGCAAAAGUUGAUAGAAAAAGAAAAACUAAAAAGACAAACUUGAGCAAAUUCUCUAAAAGUACAGGUGAUAUAUCAAAAGAUCACAAACCACCUGUACCUAAAAAGCAAUUUGCUAAGAAUUGUCUUGGUAAAAAGAAAUGUCAAAGUCUGGAAAAUCUUGAUGGUUAUUCGUCAUUGAGUUGUAAUGAAGGAGAUCUACUUCAGUCAAUAUAUGAAGAUGUUAUAGAUAAAUAUGGAGAGCAAUGGGCACUUCCUUACAAUUACCCUAGCAACGAAGACCUUAGUGACCAAAUAAAUGAAGCAGGGAACCAAAGAAAAACACAAAGUCUUCCUCCACAAAACCAAGUGAACAAACUCAAAGAAAGACAAGACCUUUCAAAACCACCAAACAAACCACCACCAAGACAAACCAGCACAACAAAUCAUGGCAAGACAUAUGAUAACCAUGGCAACCAAAAAGAUCUAAGUACAAUAGCUAUAAGAAGCAGUCAAGAUGAGGAUAAUGAUGAUGCUUCAAAUGAUGUUUAUGACAAUGUUCAGCCAACUGAAGGUAUGAGUUCAUGGCAUAAGACCAUCAAUGGGAAACACUAUGCAUAUGAUCCUGAUCAUGAUGAAAACAUUUCAUUAUAA